UACUACACAAAUCAGCUGAUCAGUGCUACUCGCUGUCCGAAAUGCUUAAUAUUAGCAACAAAAUAGCCGCCUGCUUGCAAGUAGUUAAAAAGUAUGAAUGGUUAUUGGAUUCCUACGUGUUGGACUUUUAUGUAAAUGAUCAUUGGAGCAAACUGUCUGCAAGCUGGCAGAAGCACUUGGAACGCCUGCCAAUAGAUGCACUGAGCGAGCUGUUGCAGAGCGAAGACGAUGUCAGUGGGGAAACCAGCCGUGUGCUUUGGCCCUUGGAACUGUUGGCGCUGCGCCAAGUGUUGCGCUCCCUAUGCAUUAGUAGGAGCCCCAAGAUGCAGCUCGAAGUUGCCCUGCCGUCUUGCCCGUUGCUGGAGCACCGUAAGCUGAAGCACAUGUUCAUGAAGUGUGUCAAGCCCAAGAAGGCGCAUGAAAUCAAGCGAAUGGCCGCAUUUUGUGCGCGCAGCUGCGAUCACACGGCGAUUGAUUUUGUUGUGGACUUUGGCGCCGGCCUCGGACAUUUGGCUCGCGUUCUGGGCUAUGGCUAUGGCAUCCAAGUGUGUUGCUUCGAGAUGCAGGCAGAGUUGAACCGACAGGCGCUGGCUAUUGAUGACAAACUGGAGAGCAUAGCUGCAAAACACAUGAGCGCCAGCGAAAGAGUACAUUUUAAGAGACCGGCACAUCUUACACAGCGUCUGACGAGCAACACAAAGCCAGGGGAGUUCAUUGAAAGCAUCAGGGAGGCGUUUCAAUUGCCGCCAGACUGUGACUUUCAGUUUGGCAUCAUUGGCCUGCAUCCGUGUGGUGAUCUGGGCGCUACUCUCAUGCGCAUCUUUCUCAGCUGUAAGCAAGCUAAAUUUCUGAACUUUGUUGGCUGCUGUUACCAAAAAAUGAGCACACAACAAACCCAUCCCCAAAUGGAACUGCAUGGAUAUCCGCUUAGCUCACAGCUGUUACGGCUAUCGAGCAACCAAUCUCAACUCAGCUACGAGGCACGUGAAAUAGCCUGUCAUGCAAUAGAAUCCUAUCGCGAUCGCCUCCAAGCGGGUCAAUAUGAAUUCCUCAAGAUACAUUCGCUGCGUGCGGCUGCUGAACGCAUUAUUGUGCAACACAUGCCCGAUUUGCGACACUCUGCACUCCGCAACGUAAAACACGUGCCUGGCAUGACCUUCAAUGACUAUUUUCAAAAGGCUAUCGUCGGCACAAAGUUUGCCAUGCUGCCAGCUGGGAAUCCUGACCAAAUUGAAGCAGAUUUAUGGCAUUGGCGUCGCAUUGUUUGCUUUUAUGCGCUGCGCCUCAUGCUGGCGCCACAGGUGGAAAGCAUUAUUUUGUAUGACCGCGCAAUGUUUCUUCUAGAAAAUGAUUGCCAGGUCAAUAUCGAGGCCAUUUUUGAUCCUCGCAUCUCGCCAAGAAAUCACAUCACCAGCGCCAUAAAGAGCUGAACUUCUAAAGUUAAUGCGAAAAGUACAUAAAUUUCGUUACAAUUCAAUUAGCAGUUUUAAAAUAUAAAUAAAAUGACAGAGAGCAGUAAUCGUU